AUGUCUGAAAUGGACAACGCCUCUUCUCAGCCUCAGCGUCGGCCGGUCAUUACGGCAGUGGACAAGGAUGACCUUGUCAUUCCUGUCAUUGAAUUUGGUCCCUUCUUGACAGGAACGCCGUCCGACAGGAAUGCCGUCGCUGCUUCGGUCACAAAUGCGUUCAAGACAUCGGGUUUCCUCUAUCUCAGAGACCAUGGCAUUCCAUUCUCUACUGUAUCCCAGGUAUUCGAGUCUUCUGCCCGCUUCUUCGCUCGCCCUCAAGUUCAGAAGGACAGCUUGGGCUGGACCUCCCCACAGUCGAACCGUGGUUACAUCAAGACGGGCCAAGAGAAGCUCAAUCUACCCACUGAUACCACCGACAAGGACACCGCUAAACGUGUGACUCCAGAUCUCAAAGAGACAAUGGAGAUUGGUCGUGAUGAUGUUGAUGGCCUUCCAAAUCGCUGGCCCGAUAAUCUUGAUGACGAAGGAAAGGAAUUCAAGAAAGUGAUGCAGUCGUUCUUUGAGAAGUGUAAAGCCCUGCACACGGAGGUCAUGCGCGCCAUCGCCAUCGGCAUGAACUUGCCGGAGCACUACUUUGAUAAUUACGUCGAUGCUGGGGACAACAAUCUUCGCUUGCUGCACUAUCCUUCAGUCCCCAAGGACACUUUCAAACAGAAUCCGGGUCAGGUUCGCGCUGGAGAGCAUAGUGAUUACGGCUCGAUAACGCUUCUGUUCCAAGAUCAGCGCGGAGGACUGCAGGUUCGGAGCCCUAAGGGCACCUUCGUCGAUGCGACGCCUAUCGCAGACACAGUUGUUGUGAACGCUGGCGACUUGCUAGCUCGCUGGUCCAAUGAUAUUAUCAAGAGUACUCGUCACCGGGUCGUUGAGCCUCCGAAGACAGUCGAGGCUGGCUCAGAUGAUGGUUCAGAUUCCUACCCGGCCCGAUACAGUAUUGCAUAUUUCUGCAAUCCCAAUAUGAACAAGUUCAUCGAAGCUCUGCCAGGAACAUUCGAGGAAGAAUUGAACGAGUCGAAGAAAUAUCCAGGAAUCACCACUGGUGACUACCUUGUGCAGCGACUGACAGCCACUAUCUAG